AAAUUGUCGGACAGUGACAAUCGUUAUUGGAUCCAACGGAAUGAUCGGGAUACAGGGCUCCAAAUCUACCCUUGCAUGAAGGACUGUGGAAAGAUAUAUACUACCUAUGCAACUAUGAUACGACACAUGCGAUUGGAUUGUGGAAGCGAGAACCGAUACAAAUGUGAUUUGUGUUAUAAAACAUUUAAGCGGAAGUACCAUUUGAAUCGACACCACAGGACACGCGUUUGUCAAGCGAUAAAAUCGAAAACUUCCCUUCAUGAGGAGGUCUUCAUCGAUUUCAAACAAGAACCACUUGACGUAACCGAUGACGAUUGUUGAGCAGCGAGAUCCUAUAAUCCAGUGGCCAUAGAAUAUCGACCUCAUAUUGAAUGCAGAAAAUUCAAUUUCAACCUAAGAAGAAAUAUCUCCUAAAUUGUGAUACCAAAGAAGCUUAACAGAUAGAACCGUAUGGUGACGUAAAACCUCAUAAUUGAAUUCGUCAACUUUGAAAAGUUCUUUAAGUUAGAUUGCUUAAUUUAUGAGAAGAACAAAUAGCGCUAUCCAAAUACAUAAUACCUUACAUUCUUCGAUCUCGUGUUUUAUGAAGCUAAAAGAUUUCGGUUCAAUUUUACAUAUGAUAAUGAUAAAUAAAGGGUGUGUCACAUCAAAUUGCAUCACGGAAAAAACGCUGUAGAAAUUUAAUUUUUAGGAAUUAUAUCUUCAGCUUUCGCUUUAAAAUCAGAUAAGAGUGUAUAGAUCACGUUGGCCAUGCUUCACUGUCAAUUUUUCGUAAAUUUGGAAAAAUGUCGUCGAACGAAAAAGAGCGUCGUGAAUUAAUCCUGUGCACUCAUUUCGAGAAUCCGGAGUUGUCACAUCGGGACAUCGGUAAGAUGCUGGGAAUCGUCCAAUCCACGGUCAGCAGAGUACUAAAACGAUACUUCGAGAACCUAACCAUCGACCGGAAGGUGAAGAACGGCAAAAAUGGAUGCUCCGUCAGUGAAAAAGAUCACAAGCGCGUAGUUAAGCAGUUUAGACGUGAUCCGAGAAGUUCGGUCCGGGAUGUCGCCAAUAAGCUGAAUUUGUCAAGUUCAUUCGUCCAGCGAACCAAGCAGCGGGAGGGCCUGCGUACAUACAAGGUUCAGAAGGCUCCAAACCGCGACGAAAGGCAAAACAUGGUGGGGAAGACGCGAGCCCGGAAGCUGUACACCGAAAUGCUGACGAAGCCGCAUUGCCUGGUAAUGGACGACGAAACCUACGUCAAAGCGGACUUUCGUCAGCUGCCGGGCCUGUUGUUCUUCUCCGCAGAGGACAAAUUCAGCGUUCCGGAGGAGAUUCGCAUACAGAAACUAUCCAAGUUUGCCAAAAAGUACAUGGUGUGGCAAGCGAUCUGCUCUUGCAGAAAGCGGAGCGCCCCCUUCGUGAUGACCGGCACGGUAAACGGGUAGGUUUACCUUAAGGAGUGCCUACAGAAGCGCUUACUACCACUAUUGAAGCAGCACGAGGGCUCGACCAUCUUCUGGCCGGAUCUCGCUUCGUGCCACUAUUCAAAGGACGUGUUGGAGUGGUACGAAGCCAACGGGGUCACCUUCGUGCCAAAGGAAAUGAACCCGCCCAACGCGCCGGAGCUUUGCCCAAUAGAGAAAUAUUGGGCGAUUAUGAAGCAGGCCCUCCGGAAGAACCCAAAAGUUGUCAAAUCGGAGGCGGACUUCAAGAGAAAAUGGUUUUCUGUUAAAAAAAAACUACAACCUGACGUUGUACAGAACCUUAUGGACGGGGUAAAGAGGAAGGUACGAGCAUACGGGCUUGGGCUCGAAGUAUGAAUAAAAAGAAAAUGCCAAAAGUUGUUUAAUCGUUUUUAUUUUACUGUCUAAAAAUUUCAAAAGGAUCGGUCUACUGGGCGAAUUUCUACAGCGUUUUUUCCGUGAUGCAAUUUGAUGUGACACACCCUUUACUCACGAGAAAAUCGCAGAAAAAGUACGAUCAAAUGAAUUUACGUAUCUCGUUCUUUAUUUUCCUUAUUUUCAAGUGUGUAAUAAAAACUAAUUAUACAUUGGAUACUCAAUUCUCCUUUUUUUGUUCCAAUGGAAACAUUCGGAAACAAAUUGUUCGUACAAUUUUGAUUGUGGUUUGUACUUCAGACGGACAGUGAAUGAAAACUUUUUGUUGAAUUCAACCAGACCCAUUACAGUAGAGAUUAACGUUUUAGCUUUUUUACAUUCACUCAUUCGGCGAUGCAAUCAAAUUGCAACGAAUACAAAUUAUACCUAGUUUAAGCUUGUUUUUGACCAUUACCUUAUUUAUUCAAAUUGUACUGCUUGAAAUAAAAUGUGUUUGUUUUAUCAGCGACAAUUUUUUGUUUGUUUCUAAUUUGAAAAGAACUGUCUAAGUAAUAAUCGACUUCGACUUCAAAACGUUGCUCAUAUCAAUAUCGGCUAGAACAAAUUCAUCUCUUUCAUUAUAAUCAAUUGUAGAUUAAAAUUGAAUCAUUGAAGUACUAAUUUAUGUUCUUCUGUUCCC